CCGCUUCCCCUCAGGGCUCCCCGCCCACGAGACGGGAGCCCGCCGCGCAGGGGGAAGCCGGCAGGGCAGAGCGGCGGCAGUGCCCGGCGGAGCAUCAUGCUGGAGUCCAUCUGUGUCACCGAAAAACUUCACUGGCCUAAGACAGAGCUUUCUAGGAAAUCAAUCCUGAGUCUGGAAGUAGGUAAGCUGAACAUUAAUAAUGAAAACAGCCUCCAGCAUCCACCUUCUGGGAUCCUUAAGGACAUUUUCACGACAGGAACCAGUAGCUACAAUGUCCUUCUGCAGAGCAAGGAGGAGAAAAAACACCACACUCAAAAGCAGUCAUCUGCUCACCACAAGAAACACAGGAAAACCUCCAAGUGUUCUGCCACCUUGCGAAGCAACGAGCACCGCAAAGUCAAAGCCCCGCUACCCUUGCUCAGCAGUGGGUGGUACUGCACAAACAGGCAGCCCUCCAUCAUCGUCACUAGCCCAGUGGCUACCGGUGUGAAGUUUACAAACAGUAUUUCGGUUGCAGGGAGCAGCACAGGACUGCCACCUCGACCCAGAAGUAGAACUAAGAGGCAUUUUAAUCUGACAAAGCCAAAGCAAUCCCAGUCCUCGAAAAGCAAGGGAAAAGAAGGCGAUGUGUCUGGCCAAAAACUCUGUUUACUAACUGCAAUCAAGCCCUCCAAUGUGGAGAAAGAGAAGAUUAAAUUCUUCAACUCAGAUUUCACAUACAAUCCUCAGUUUGAAUAUGAAAACCCUGCUCUGCCAAAUGUGUUAGCUAAGCACAGCCAUGCAUCUGACAGAUUUCUUAAGCAGUCCAUUAACAUUAUGGAGCGAACAUUGCAGAAAUAUGGAAGCUAUGAAAAAUUUGAACAGGCCACUGGAGGCAGUUUGCUGACCAAAAGUCGCAUCUGGAAUCGUGUCAGGAAAUACAUGGUGAAAGAAGGCUGUCUUGGUGAGAUUGUGGUCCAUCUCACGGAGGACCUGCUAUCCCGAGCCUCAAUGACAGUGGUGAAUGGCCGCCCCACUCUCACUAUCAAUAUCUCCACUGCACGAGAGCACUGGCUGGAAGGGAUGCUGAGACACGAAAUUGGAACUCAUUAUUUUCGUGGUUUUAACAACAACAGCCAGCCUUGGUGCAACCGGAAUGGACGUAGAAAACAUGGGUUAAAACCAAUCAACCCUACAGAAGAGGGGCUGGCGAGCAUUCACAGUGUGCUGUUCCGCAAAGACCCUUUUCUUUGGAGAGCUGCCCUGCUCUACUACACAGUGUAUCAGGCUAGCCAAAUGUCCUUCAGUCGGCUUUUCCAGGAUGUGGGAAAAUUUGUCAAAGACCCCAAUACUAGGUGGGAUUACUGCGUACGAGCCAAGAGAGGGUGGACUGACACAUCACAACCAGGCUGUUUCAAUAAGGAUCAGGUGUACUUGGAUGGCAUCCUCCGAAUCCUGAGAUACAGGGAGUCCAUUGAUUUCUAUCUUCUGACAGCCCUUGGAAAGAUCUCAUAUGAGGAUGUGGAUCGCCUGAAAGGAUUAGCUGUGAUUGAGAACAUGAGGGUGCCCCACUUUUUGCAAGACCAUGCCCGGUAUAUGGAGCACUUGGAAAAGAUCAUGGAAGUCAAUGAACUGACUGAUGAGGAGCUCCAGGAUCUCAUAAAUUAACAGUAGUAGCCACCUUUCACUUACAUUGAGAGGAUGCAGAACCAAACUUCCCUGACCUUGCAAAAAUGGACUUACAAGGAGUGGGAGGGAAGGGUGGCCAGAAUAUGUGGAAUUCAGGAAAAGCUCCGUUAUGUUCCUUUUGCAUCGUGAUUGUAUACUGAUUAGUUUUUAAAGGGAUUGUGCAUUUUUUUAAAUUUGGCUUAGAAAUUCCUCUGCAGUGAUCUGUCCAAUCAUUUAUUCUGUUUUGUAUGCUAGGUAUAGCGUUUGGUGCUGUCUCUUGUAAUAUACUGUCUUUUCCCACCCAGGUUUAGAGGUGGAAGAAAGGAGAAGGAAGAGAAAUUCCCCUUUAGUUCGCUUGUGUUUGCCUUAUCUUUGGUCAUAGCUUUCACAGUUCAUAGAACAACCUACAGCAGUUCUAUUGCUGCAUUGUUGUCUGCAUAACUUUCCUAUUUAGUCAUCAUUGCAAUGAAAACAGAAAGUUUAAAAACGGUGCACAGAAGCAGGUCUUUGUGCCACAGGAUCAGAGCUCUGUAAUGUUAUAAAACAUUUUGGAGUUUUUUUGGUGAGAGAAUAAGCAUUUUAAA